GCGUAUUAGUGAGGUUAUGCCCCUGAUCAUUAGUAAUACUCAGUCAGCAUUUGUUAAAGGUCGAAGCAUAAUGGAUAAUAUCCUAUUGGCUCAGGAGCUGGUUAGUGGGUACAAAGAACUCACUUGUCUUCUCGAUGUGCAAUAAAAAUUGACAUCAUGAAGGCAUUUGAUUCUGUUAAUUGGCAGUAUUUGUUUCUUAUGAUGCAUGCCAUGGGGUUCUCUGAAAGAUUUAUGAAGUGGAUUAAGGCUUGUUUACAAACUGCCCACUAUAGCUUCAAUAUCAAUGGCAGUUUAUGUGGAUUCUUUAGAGCUAGGAAGGGAGUCAGGCAAGGUGAUCCAUUAUCACCAUACUUGUUUACCGUUGCUAUGGAAGGUCUCUUGACCAUGCUAUACUCUGCAAGUCAGCUGGGAAGGAUUCCCUUUCAUCCUCAAUGACAGAGAAUCUCCUUAAAUCACAUGUGCUUUGCCGAUGAUAUUCUGGUAUUUACUACUGGCUCAGCCCAAUCGAUUCUUCAGGUUAAAGAGGUUCUACACAAGUUUUAUAAGUUGUCUGGGCUUAAGAGCAACCCUUCUAAAUGUGAAAUUUAUUUUGGAGGAGAGGCUAUCAACUAUAAGAGCAAUGCCCUGAACCUGUCUAGUUUCGAGGAAGGUGAACUGUCUGUUAGAUAUUUGGGGUUUCCCUUAAUAUCUGGGAAGCUUUCAUCCACAGAGAUUGACAUCCUUGUCGACAAGGUUACUAAGCGGAUAAAAUCAUGGCGAGCCAAGAAACUAACCUAUGCUGGAAGGCUGCAGCUAAUUAGCUCAGUGCUUCUUGGAGUAGUACAGUAUUGGAUGCAGCUUUUUGUGCUUCCAAAUAAGGCAUUGAAGCGGAUUCAGCAGGUAUGUUCUCAUUUUCUUUGGCAUGGAAAUGAAGCGGGUAGAGCUAAGGUGACAUGGGAUUCUGUGGCUUUGCCUAGGAAGGAAGGUGGACUUGGGGUGAAAUAUUUGAUGGCAUGGAAUCAGGCUUGCUCUAUUCGUAUGCUCUGGCUAUUUCUUAUGCAAGCUGGAGCUCUGUGGGUUGCGUGGAUGUACGAAUACAAAUGUAGGCAGGGGGAUCUUUGGUCACUUAAAGUGAAGUAUAGUAGUUCGUGGACUUGGCGCAGACUUCUUAAAUUGCGUGGCAUCAUUCUACCAUGGAUACAGCAACAAAAUGGUGUCCUCUAUUGGGAUUCGCAGAAGAUGAUGGUUUAUUCAGUCAGGAAAGUGUGGGAAUCAUUACGUAGGAGGGCUCCUAUUGUCUCAUGGCAUAAGCUUAUAUGUAGCAGAUAUUGCCCCCUAAGAUAUAGCUUGCUCUCUUGGUUGGUAAUGCAAAAUGCCAUCACCACUAGAGAUAAGCUGUUGAAAUGGGGGAAAAUCAAAGAUGCUGCAUGUCCACUUUUGUGGUGUUGAUGUUGAAAAUAGAGAGCAUUUGUUUCUCUGCUACAGCUUUUCUCGGAGGCUUUAUGCACUACUGCGUUUCCCUCUUCCGAAUUUUCAAGGCUGGGAUGCAAUGAUACAGUUUAUUACUGCAGCAAUUCACAGAGACACUCAUUCUGGGCAAUGGCAUGCACUUCUUUGGUGUCUUACAGUGUCCUUUAUCUGGAAAGAACGAUGCAGAGUGAUUCAUGAUAAUCUCUGUCGAAGUCCUGAGUUCAUUGUUGAUCUUAUUUGAGCGGAUCUAAUGUACAUAUCUAAUGGAGAUAGGGGAAUUCGAGAUGCUUUUACACGACUUGGAUACUUAUAGAUUUUCCUUUUGAGAUUUGUAAGUAGUGCUUAUAUAGUGAGUGGAAGUGAGGAGUGACUGUUUUUGUGAGCUGUUCUCUCGGAACUCUUACUUGGAGUUCCUCUUCGUUGUAUCGGUUAUCAUUUCUGGAAAUAAAAGCAACUGAUUCAACGGGAAAAAAAAUUAACUAUAGUAGCAAAAUCACAACUCAUAAGGAUGUAUGGUUAUGGUAUAGGGUAUGUGGUUAGUGUCUAAUGUAUUGAUGGUUUAGGGUAUACGAUCAACAACAUAUGCUAACUUAAUAUUGUCGAUUGAGGGUAAGGUUAAGUGUAUAGGAUAUAUGUUAUUGAGUAAGUUAUGAUUGAAGUCACAGCAAUUUUACUAAAUUUGAUAGUUAAUCUUUUAUGAUUCAAUAUUUAGGGUAAUUCGAACAAUUUUACAAAUAACUCGUUUGACAACAUUUUACUAAAGUAAUUUGAGUAAUGAGUUAUUUCGAAAUAACUUCUUUUACCACUAUGCUUUUGCCAAAUACCGCAUGUCAUUGUCAAAUAUCAUAUUUGCAUGGUUCUACUAAACGAGAUACUUUAAUCCAAUUACUACUGAAACAAUACUAAAAUACCAAAUAAACAAUUAAUGGUGUCUUUUGGUUGCAAAUAUUGAUAUCACCAUUACUAUUAGCUAGUGUAAUUUACUACGAUUAAUUACAUAACAAGUUUGCAAGUAAUAAAAAUUGAUUCAACAUUUUGACUAUUUUUUUUAAUUAAGUUUAUAUACGAGGUAGAAAGAAAUUGAUUAAAAUUUGAGAAUAAUAAAUUAAAUUAGUGUAAUAAAACGUAUAAGUUGGUAACGAGUAAGGAGUAAAUUACUAGAUGCGCUGACCCGAACAACCCGCAACUCGAUCCGCCUGCAACCUGCCCAACCCAAAAUCUAAUGAGCCCGCAACUCGAUUUGCCCACACCCCGAUUGAAUUCGAACCCGAUAAACCCGCAACCCGUUUGAAUCUAAACCUGAUGAACUUGCAACUUGAUAAACUCGCAACCCAACUAAUGCGCAACACUAUUGAACCCAACCGAACCUGCUCGGUUGACACCUAUAUCUAAAACAACAACAUUUUUGUAAGUUGUAUAAUCGUUCGGGUGAGGCUUUUGUGUUGAUGAGAAAUUUGAUGUACCCAACCGAACCUAAAACAAGUCAUGGGCUCUUUUAUUAUUAUUAUUAUUAUUAUUAUUAUUAUUAUUAUUAUUAUUAUUAUUAGCACUUGUUGGACCGUUAAUUCCUCCUAAUUGAGGAUACUCUUAUUGUUCAACAAAUUUAAACAACAAAGCAAUGACAAGACGGACACUCGAUCAGCGGAUUCCAAGACAGCCCAAUCACGAAAAAGUGAGGUGCGUUGGGCUGGACAAGGCCUGCAUGACUAAACAGGUUUGGGAUAAAUAUUAAAUUCAUAUGCCAAUGCACUUAACUCCAUUCCGAUGAUUUAUAAACAGUUAAAAUUCAUAACAUCACCAAAAUAUCUAACAAAUAAUUCAAACCGUUUCCAAAAAAAUCAUACUUUUUAAUUCAAGUUAAAAAUUAUGGUGCUACUUGGUAGUAAACCACGUAGAGUCAAUAAUGAAGUUGAAAAAUGAGAAGAGGAAGAAGAAAUAAAAUUAAUAAUUAUGA